GUUCGUUCCCUCUUACGUACAUUGAUUAAUUUACUGUAUUCCGCAAUUUAUUGUUAUAUCUACACUGUCCGUUAUCUAGCUAGCUAACUAGCUACUGCACUACGUAACGUCGGUUGCUAGCUAAGGUUCCGUAUUGGCAAACAUGUCAAGUUAAAUAGCUAGCGGGCUAGCUAGGUGGACUGCUUACUUCGCUAGCUAGCUAUGUAACGUUAACGUUAAAUGUGCAUUUUCAACAGCUGCCCCUGUCUUUGCUGAAGACGGCACAGAACCACCCAAUGUUGGUGGAGCUUAAGAACGGAGAGACGUACAACGGCCAUCUGGUCAGCUGCGACAACUGGAUGAACAUCAACCUGCGGGAGGUCAUCUGCACCUCCCGGGACGGCGAUAAGUUCUGGAGGAUGCCGGAGUGCUACAUCCGCGGCAGCACCAUAAAGUACCUGCGCAUCCCGGACGAGAUCAUCGACAUGGUGAAGGAGGAGGUGGUGACCAAAGGCCGGGGGCGGGGGGGCGCCCAGCAGAACCGGCAGCAGCAGAAAGGGGGGCGAGGCGGGGGCCCCGGGAGAGGUGUAUUUGGCGGGCGUGGCCGUGGUGUGCCCGGCGGUGGGCGGGGCCAGCCGGAGAAGAGGCCGGGCAAGCCGCCAGGCGUGAAGAACCAGCACUGAGGGGGCGGAGUCAGCACUGAGGGGGCGGAGUCAGCACUGAGGGGGCGGAGUCAGCGAAGGGGGGGCGGAGACAGCGAGUGUGCAACUCAUACAGCGGCCACCAGGGGGCAGCGUUGACUCGGCUCACCGCACCACACUGCAGCCAGAAAUAUCUCUCCCUCUCUCCCUCUCUCCCUCUCUCCCUCAGCCUCUCAGCCUCUCAGCCUCAUCCCGGGCUCUCUGGAUCCAGCACUGGGAGACGCCAAUCACAGUUUUCAGUUUUUCAUAACACUUUGUGUUUUACGCGCAGAGGAAGAAUAAAAAAUAAAUAAAUAAAUAAAUAAAAAAUCUGCCUGCCCCUAACAGGUGUAGACCGGUUUAGACCGGCUGAUGCUGAGCCGUGACCGGAUUGGAAGAUGUGUUGUUUUAUGUGCGAUUAGUCAAAAUUAAGGACUCUAUCAGCGUGGUAUUUUUCUGUAGUGUUUAACCCCACCCCAGCCCUUGGGUAGAGCGACCAAGGCAGGUAAAGGUGCUCUAAACCUGAGGGGGAAGGGGACUCCCCAUCUGCAAGUUUGCUGUAUAUUUUCACUUUUUAGAGAGAUGCUUCUGAGAGAUGUUCUCGGGGGAAAGGCCCGUAUUGCUGAUGUGUUUGUUUACAUGGGGGGGACGGGGACAAAUAAUGCACAAUAAACUCUGUUCUUUUGUUUUGUUAAA